UCGAUCCCACAUAUUAUAGAGACGAAAAAUGGCUACCAUCUCUUGUGAUCCAAGGCUUCACCUUCAAGUAGGCAGGGCCAAUCAUGGAGUUACAGUUGAAGAAAUUGAAGGGCUCAUUAGAAUUUACAGAGACGGGUGCAUUGAAAGACCUCCAAUCAUUCCUCACAUUCCUUGCACUGGGGUUCCAGAAGAUGGUGUCACGGCUAAGGAUGUUGUUAUUGAUAAAUUCACCAACUUAUGGGCACGUUUUUACGUCCCAAGGUGCUCUGGCGGUCUGCCUUUGCUUGUUUACUUCCAUGGAGGUGGAUUUUGUGUUGGCUCAGCUGCUUGGAGUUGUUAUCAUGAGUUCUUGAACAAUCUUGCUUCUAAAGCAGGUUGCAUGAUCAUGUCUGUAAACUACCGUCUAGCCCCUGAAAAUCGUCUCCCUGCUGCUUAUGAUGAUGGCGUCAACACUCUUAUGUGGCUGAAACAGUUGGUUGUAAUUGGUUCUGCUGAGCAUAAGUGGUGGUUAGGCCAGUGCAAUUUCUCUAGAUUGUUCCUGGCAGGUGACAGUGCGGGUGCCAACAUAGCUUACAAUGUGGCCACAAGGCUAGGAUCCAACGUCACAUCUGAAUACAGUUUAAAACCAUUGUCUCUCAGAGGUAUCAUCCUUAUCCAACCUUUCUUUGGAGGAGAGGCACGAACUUCAUCUGAAAAAAAUAUGAUUCAACCAGCCAAUUCAGCACUAACUCUAUCAGCUUCUGAUACAUACUGGAGGUUGUCACUGCCCUCAGGGGCUAACCGCGAUCAUCCAUACUGCAACCCUCUGGCAAAUGGCACGAAUAAAUUGCGUAAUUUGCAGCUUCCUCCCAUAAUGGUUUGCAUAUCAGAACAAGAUAUACUCAAUGAUAGGAACCUAGAAUUUUGCACUGCCUUGGCUAGUGUUGGCAAGAGGGUGGUUAAAGUGAUCUACAAAGGAGUUGGACAUGCAUUUCAAAUCCUGCACCCUUCUCAUUUCUCACAAGUCCGGGUUCAAGAAAUGAUGUCGCAUCUCAGGUCUUUCAUCGAUCAAUGAUGAGUGGACUUCUUGGCAUUUUGUUUUUCACUUUUUUCUUUAUUGGUAUCCUGCCGUACUUUUGUCAAAAAAAUGUAGAUUACAUUAAUUAUGUUUAUUCACAAGUCAGCUAUUCAAUAGGUGUAUAUGUAUGCAGUCUUUUUCAAUCUGCUAUUGAAAUGUGCUGUGUUUGAACUCCUCAUUUUCUUUAUUACCAUAGCUUCUGCAUGCUUUGCUGUUGUCCUUGCCUUUAUAUCUGAAUUUUUCCCUGUUUAAGUCAGUUUAUUCUACAUUCUAAAACUUUUAUCUUGAUGGUCUCAGUAUCAAAAUAAAGCAAAUAACAAUAGCCUUGCUUCUUCUUUUGACCAAAGCAUCACCCUUU